AUGUCGACAUUAGCUGACACAAUCAGAAACAUUCCUCCAGUGACGAGGUUUUUCACAGUCUCCACAUUGGUUGUGAGUCUCGCUUGUUCCAUGCAAUUGAUAUCCCUUGGAGAUUUGAUUUUCUCCACAGACCACUUGAAAUAUGUCUUAAGUUCGACCUAUCACAAUAUGACACACGCCCAAUCCAAAGUUCAAGCCGUGAAGUCGUUUUUCAUGGGAUUGUGCGAGAGUUAUAGAUUCUUUACUUGUUUCUUAGUUCCUCCAGGAUUAAUGGCCAGUAAUAAGAUGGAAGGUAUUUUGGAUAUUUACUUCUUUUAUACCUUUGCUAAUAACGUUGAAAGGGGAAGAUUCAAUAAUAACUUCGCUGAUUGUUUAUACUUUACCUUAUUAACAGGAACAAUGAUUGUAGUUAUAACUACCAUUUAUGGAUUUAUAGAUCCACUUCAUUUCCCAUUUCCUCAUAGUAUGAUGUUAAGUUGUAUUGGAUAUAUCUGGUCAAGACACCUGAAAAACUCCAUAAUCAACUUCUUAGGUAUCAUACCCAUCAAAGCAUACUAUUUACCAUUUGGGAACUUAUUCAUUAAGAUGAUAACUCAAGGGUUUCCUGCAUUCCUCGAUACUGGUAUUGGGAUUUUAGGAGGUUAUUUCUAUCAAUGUGUACAAAGUGAUACCAUACCAUUCUUCAAUUUGUUACCAACAUCUUAUUCCAAUGCCCCAGAGUUUAGAGUUGGCACAAGAGCUGCCACCGAUUCUGACAUUAUACCCGAUACUAUCUUUGAUAAGGGAUAUUUGAAGGCUCCUUUAUGGUUUUAUAAUUUAUUAGGAUAUCCAUCCAAUAAUAGUGUUGGAACAACAGCCUUUAGAUUAAGAAGACCUUCACUGGUACCUGUAAGAAGAGUUGAAACUCAUAGUUCGAAUUUCGCUGGUAGAGGUAGACGUUUAGGUAGUGAUGUCAAGAAUGAUUAG